AUGCAGAGAAGCAACUUCUCAGUGGUGACUGAAUUCAUACUGGUGGGUUUCUCCACCUUCCCCCACCUUCAGCUGAUGUUCUUCCUGCUGUUCCUGCUGAUGUACCUGUUCACGCUGCUGGGAAACCUGCUCAUCAUGGCCACUGUCUGGAGUGAGCGCAGCCUGCACACACCCAUGUACCUCUUCCUGUGUGCCCUGUCCAUCUCCGAGAUCCUCUACACCUUGGCCAUCACCCCGCGCCUACUGGCUGACCUGCUCUCCACCUACCAUGCCAUUGUCUUUGCGGCCUGUGCCAGUCAGAUGUUCUUCUCCUUCAUGUUUGGCUUCACCCACUCCUUCCUUCUCACCGUCAUGGGCUACGACCGCUAUGUGGCCAUCUGCCACCCCUUGCGCUACAAUGUGCUCAUGAGCCCCCGUGGCUGCUCCUGCCUGGUGGCCUGGUCCUGGGUUGGUGGCUCUGUCAUGGGGAUGGUGGUAACCAUGGCCGUUUUCCGCCUAACCUUCUGUGGACCCAAUGAGAUUCACCAUUUUGCUUGCCAUGUGCCACCACUGUUGAAGCUGGCCUGUGGAACUGAUGUACCAAUAGUGGCCUUGGGUGUGGGCCUGGUGUGCAUCACUGCCCUGCUGGGUUGCUUUCUCCUCAUCCUCCUCUCUUAUGCCUUCAUCGUGGCUGCCAUCUUGAAAAUCCCUUCUGCAGAGGGCCGGCACAAGGCUUUCUCCACCUGUGCGUCCCACCUAACUGUGGUGGUCGUGCACUAUGGAUUUGCUUCUGUCAUCUACCUCAAGCCCAAGGCUCCUCAGUCUCUGGAAGGGGACACUCUGAUGGGCAUCACCUACACGGUCCUCACACCCUUCCUCAGUCCUAUUAUCUUUAGUCUCAGGAACAAGGAGCUGAAGACUGCCAUGAAGAAGACCUUCCUCAGCAAACUCUACCCAGAAAAAAUAUGA